CUCUCUUCCAACCGUCCGAGCUUCCCCCAUUCUUACUGAUCAUACCGGUGGGAGGAUCACUGCCAUGCCCAGUGUGUCAGUGCCAGUCCCAGUGCCCACCUAUUCCACUCGUACUAAAUGAUCGUCAUCGUCAGCUCCUGUCUCUUCUUCCUCCCCCGCCAUGUUUCUUGACUCCUCGAGUCUCCAUCCAUCGGUCUCAGCGUGAAUGUCUCAUCCCAUCCCUUGAACCUCCAAAUCACCCACCAUGCCACGUCCUGCCCGCUAUGAUUUCCAGACCCGCCCCGUGGCCCAUCCCGAGGCCAUCGUCGCUGGCGACAAAUACCGCUUCACCAUCCUGACCGAUGGCCUCCUCCGCUUCGAGUGGGCCGAGGACGGGCGCUUCGAAGACAGAGCGUCCACCUUCGCCAUCAACCGCAAAUUGGCCGUCCCAGACUUCUACGUCUGGGACCGCGGCCAUGGCAUCGAGAUCGUGACGAAGCGCUUCCACGUCCUCUACAACAAGAAGAAAUUCAGUUCAGAGGGCUUCCACAUCAAUUUGAAGGGCGCCGUGGCUGGAAAGUGGUCGUACGGCCAGCAGGUGUCCAACCUGGGCGGCACCACCCGUACCCUGGACACCAUCGACGGCAGGUGCAGAGUCGAGAACGGUAUCCUGUCGAGAGACGGUUUCGCCGUCCUCGAUGACAGCAACACCAUGAUGUUCGAGAGCAAUGGCUGGAUCGGCCCCCGCAGGUCUGGAGAGCGAUCCGACCAGUACAUCUUCCUCUACGGACACGACUACCGCGACGCAUUGAGGGCGUACUACGCUGUCUCUGGCAGCCAGCCUUUGCUUCCGCGUUUCGCUCUGGGUAACUGGUGGAGUCGCUACCAUAGGUUUGAUAGAGAGGAGUAUCUCAAGCUUAUGGACCACUUUGAUCGCGACGACGUUCCCUUGAACGUUGCCACCAUUGACAUGGAUUGGCAUUUGGUCAAUAUUCCCGGCGAAUAUGGUAGUGGUUGGACGGGGUAUACCUGGAACAAGGACCUGUUCCCGAACCCAGAGUCUUUCCUUGAGGAGCUUCGCGACCGUGAUUUGAAGGUAACCCUUAACGUCCAUCCUGCGGACGGAAUUCGAGCAUUCGAAGAUCAGUAUGAAAAGGUUGCGAAGUAUCUCAAGAUCAAUCCCAAGACGAAGGCCCCUAUCAACUUCGAUUGCACAAGUAAGGAGUUCAUGGAUGCAUACUUCGACAUUGUGCACCACGAGCAUGAGGCCCAGGGUGUCGACUUCUGGUGGAUCGACUGGCAGCAGGGCGACAAAUCCCGCAUCCCCGGCGUUGACCCGCUGUGGGUGCUGAACCAUUUCCACUUCCUUGAUAUUGGCCGCGGUUCUCAACGCCCGUUGAUUCUUUCUCGUUUUGGCGGCCCAGGUUCCCAGCGCUAUCAGAUUGGCUUUUCUGGAGAUACCCACAUGACCUGGGAUUCGUUGCAUUUCCAGCCGGAGUUCACUGCGACGUCAUCUAACAUUGGAUAUGGAUGGUGGAGUCACGACAUUGGUGGUCACAUGCACGGCUUCAAGGACGAUGAAUUGACUGCUCGUUGGGUGCAACUCGGUUGUUUCUCUCCUAUCCUUCGUCUGCAUUCCUCGAACAACAUCUUCAACACCCGCGAGCCCUGGACAUUCGGCCCUGAAGCCUGCAAAGUUAUGGAGGACACUCUUCGACUCCGCCACAGACUUAUCCCGUACUUGUACACCAUGAACGCUCGCAGUGCAUCGUUCGACGAACCAUUGAUCGUGCCCAUGUACUGGGAUUACCCAGAAGUAGACGAGGCAUACAAAGUCAACAACCAGUUCCGCUUCGGCAGCGAGCUGAUCGUCGCACCUAUUACACAGCGUCGGUCAGGCUCUACUCACCUCGGCUCAGUCAAGGGAUGGUUGCCAAACCAACGCUUCGUAGAUAUCUUCACCGGUACCGUAUAUGAUGGUGAUCGUGAGCUGACAUUCCACCGCAAGCUCAGUGGAUAUCCAGUUCUCGCACCAGAAGGUGCCAUCGUCCCGCUCGAUGCUGCCUACCGCUGCAAGAACGGUUCUCCGAACCCAGAAGCCUUUGAGGUACUUGUUGUCGUUGGUGCAGAUGGCUCCUUCAACCUAGUUGAGGACAACGGCACUGGCACUCACGUUGACGAGAGCGACUUCUGCAUGAUCGAUGCCGACGGUCACGAAUCCGCAUCUGACAACGUCCGCUUCAUCUACACUCCCAUCACCUACAAGCAAAACACCGGAACCAUCAAGAUCGGACCAACCUCCACAUCGGACCCCUCGAUCCCCAAAUCCCGCGACUGGAAGAUCCGCCUCAUCUCGCACACGCCGCAGAACCACGCCGAGAUCCGCUGCGUCAUGACCUCGUCCAAGAAAGCCAAGCCCAUCAACUACACCGCCAAAGCCGUCGAGAACGGCACAAUGAUCACCCUCGGCUCCGUCCCCACCGACCAGACCUGCAUCAUCGAGCUCAGCUCCUCCCCACAACUCGACGUGCUCGACCCCAAGAAACCGAUCUGGCCCAUCCUUUGGGACACCGACAUGAUGUACGACCGCAAGUGGGACGCAUGGGGCGUCAUCGAGUCUGGACAGCCUCUGAGCACCAAGGUCGGCAGGCUGCAGAACAUGGGGCUUGGAGACGAUCUCUUGGGCGCUAUCCUUGAACAUUUGCUUGCGGAUUCGAGAUAUGGAAGUUCGUGAACGACAACGUCUUCGGAGGGAGAAUGGGGACGGUGCCGUUUUGCGCUUAUGUGACCAAUGAUAUGAAUGGCAGAUAGAUCGCAUGUGGGCUUAUUUCACAGCAUUUUGUAUGUACGCGACUACUUUUGCAUUCGCAUGAUGUGACGUUUGGAGAGUGGAUGUUGGUAGAUAUACGACUUGAGCGUUUCGGAGUAUCGUUACUGUACUUGGGUAGUUACCUUUGAUGAAAGUCAUUCGUUACUAGCAAUCUACACGAUUCAUA